UCUCCCCUCCUCGCACAGGUCCCUUCCAAGUACCUCGUGCCCAUGCCCAGCAUCAAGUACCAGUCGGGCCUCGAGCAAACCCGCCUCGGACUUGAGUUCGAAGUGACGAGGAAACACUUCGUCAACAGUGAGAUGACCCUCCGUUGCUCGGCCAAGAUCUCCUCUAUCUACUUUAAGACUCAGCAGCACAGCAUCGACGGUCAGCUCACUUACAACGUGCCUGUGAUGGAGUCCAGGGAUAUCUCAGCCUUUUCGGCCGGUUCUGCAACAGUCAGCCAGAGUGCCUCAAUGCUGACACUGACCCUGCUGGCACUCUCGCUGAUGAUGGCACCGGUGCUGAUGGCAGGCCGCCUUGACCUUGUCGUCAGGUGACUUCCUUGCGAGUCAAGUGUCACCUCCAAGGCCUCCAUGUGACCUGUUCUUAGUUGUUAUGUUGUGUCUGUGUGACCUCGUAUCCCUUGGUCCUCAUUCGUUUGCCUUCUCUCGCUGUCUGUCUGUCUGUCUGUUUGUCUUUGGGUCUGUCUUUCUAUCUUGCUGUUUCUCUGGUUUUCUCUCUCUCUCUCUCUCUCUCUCUCUCUCUCUCUCUCUCUCUCUCAGU